AUGAGAGGGACUGAUUCUGGAGAAAGCCCACCAAGGAGAGAAGAAUCAAAAGAUUUGGGGAAAGCGAUUUUUCCUUAUGUUUCUUCUCAGGAUGCUGAAGUAAGAGAAGCAAGAACAUCGUCUCAAGAUUUGUCUUCAGGUGUCAAAGACAGAGAUGAUCUCUUGAGAUGGGUUCGUGAGUCUUUUCCAGGUGCUUAUGUUCAGAGAGCAGAGGAAGAUGAACAGGAGGACUCGGCUAAAGUUGCAGAAGGAGAAGGUUUAGAAGAACAACAUGCUAGGGGUGAAGAUGCUGUAGAAAAAGAAGCAACCCCAGCACAAGCAGAAGAAGCUGCCAAUAAAAGAAGCACAGAUGCUCCGACGAGUGCUGAGGAAGAAGCUGCUGCUAUACUAAGUGAGGUUAUGGGAAAUAUUCACCAAAAUGCUGAUGUACCUAUAGAUACUGACAAUAUCACUGCACAAGUUACAACAACUCCUCCAACAUCAGAAAGUUCACAUAGUUCUGAUGAGAUCCUACUCAAAGAUUGUGUUGCCCAGAUUGCUAAAGGGAAGAAAGUAGCGUCUGAAAAGAAGGCCCAGUCAAGGAAGAAAAUCCAGAAAAAGGAGAAGACUAGCAAGUCCAAAAGAAAGUCUUUCUCAGAUCCCGAAGGGGAGAAAUCAUCAGCAAGUUCUAAGAAAGAAAAGAAGAAGAAAGCAACCCAACAGGCAAAAGACAGUGAUGAAGACAGAUUUCGUGACAAAGCAUCCGAGAAGAAGUUUGAAUCUGUUGAAGGAAGAGGAGUUGUGGUUGAAAGGAUGAUUGAUGAAGGAGCUUUUGAGAAAUUCUCAGAAUUCAAACUAGAGGUGAAAGGUAACUGUGAAGAAGGGAUUGAGCUGAAUGAAGAGGUGCUAAAAGAGAUUACUGGAGGAAGAACGGAGUCAUGGGGAGUAGAGUCAAGACUUCCAGCCUCCACCAUCACAGCCAAGUACAAUAUUCUGUUUAGACUUGGCAUUCAGAAUUGGUUACUAGUCCCACUCAACUCCAGUAUAGUAAAAGAACUCGCACUGUUAUUGUUUGCUAUUGGAACUGGCAAGAAGUUUAAUCUGGGAAGGCUGAUCUUCCAAAAUAUUGUGAAAGAAGCUGACUGCACAAGCUCCUCUACAUCACUUGGGUAUCCUGCACUGUUGUUGCAGUAUUUGUUACAACAUGGAGUACAACUCAGGAAGGGAGAAGUAGUCACAGCAGUGAAGAAGCUGAAAAUUUCUCAGAAGCUGUUCAACCCAGGUAAAAAGAUUGAUUUACCUGUAAGAAGGGUGUCUCCACCAUCAAUGCCUGAAGAUAAAGAAGAAGCAAAUCUAUUGGUAGCAGAAGAAUAUGAGAAGAUGUUGAAAGAGCAACUAGAAGAUGUGGAGAGCAGGCAACGAGCAUUAUCUGCAGAAUUGUUCAUCAUUGCCAAACAAAAGCAGAAGAUUCUAUCUCGCCUGGAAAUUCUUGAGAAGAAGAAGAAGAGAGAAGACGAUGGUCACGACUCAGGGGGAGAUGAAGAUCAGGAAGCCUGA